CACGGGGUCCGUAUAAGCUCAGCAGUCUAUGCCUGCACGACUGCAGUCACUGACUGCUAGCAAUGGCUCUUGGAAGGUCUUUCGACUUGUAUGCAAGACAAUGAAAGCACUGGCACAGUAGCUGGUACGCGAGCAGGCGAGUUGGACCAUGGUUGCCAUGUUGUCGAGCUUCGAUCAUUGCUGGGCCAGUGCAAAUCCCCCCUUGGCGCAUACACCGGCCAAGAACGACUUCACGAUCGACUUGGCACCCGGCUGGCGAUCCUGUUGAACAGCUCAUUGGUCGUCUGCCAGCGUCGUGCUCUUUCGCGAGCUAAGGAGGCUUCUCCACCCCCCGUUCUGCGUGUCUGCCCCGGUCCAGUUCAAGGUCCCAGUCCCUGGCGCGGUCGUGAUGUCGACCAAGACCCUUGUCUGGGGACGAAAAGCCCGGCAGGCCUCCUAGUUCUUCACCCAGCCUGGGCAACAAGCUUGAUUUGGCUCGAUCUGGUAACCCACGACGACGCGAUUGGUUUGAUCACUCUUGGGCUGAGCUCACCAAGGUGUUUGGCAUGAUUCGUGUAGACUCCCGACGAGGAGCUCCCACAUUACCUUAAAUGCUCUCAUCUCCUCCACCAAUUCUCUCUGUUAUUCCAUCC